GUCGGCGUCAGCCGCCUGGGCGACACCAAGACGGGGAAGGAGCACUGGAAGGAGUUCCUGCGGCUGUGCCAGGCCGGCAUUCCGCUGUGCUACCGCGCCAAAGUGUGGGCCGAAUGCUCCGGCGCCAUCGAGGCCGCCGAGCCGGGCCGCUACCAGGAGCUGCUCGCCGAGCACGAGGGCGAGUCCAACCAGUGCACCGAGCAGAUCGACCUCGACGUGCACCGCACGAUGCCCACGAACGUCUACUUCGGCGGCGAGGGCCCGGGCGUGCCGAAGCUGCGCCGCCUGCUCGUCGCCUUCUCGUGGUACAAUCCGGCGUGCGGCUACUGCCAAGGCAUGAACAAUCUCGCAGCCACGCUGCUUCUCACGCACGCGACGGAGGAAGAGGCCUUCUGGGUGCUCGUCAUGAUCAUCGAGCGGAUCCUGCCCUCCGAGUAUUACACAUCGCAUCUGCUCGUCUCGCAGGCGGACCAGCGCGUGCUGCUCGAGCUCAUCAACGAGCUGCUGCCUCGCCUCGCCGAGCACAUUGCCGAUCUUGGCGUCGACCUACCGGCUGUCACCUUCGCGUGGUUCCUGUCGCUGUACACCGACUGCCUGCCCGUCGAGACGCUGUUCCGAGUCUGGGACGUGCUCUUCGUUGAGGGCAUGGUCGUGCUCUUCCGCAUCGCCGUCGCCAUCCUGCAGCUCAACGAGGCCGACCUGCUGGCCGCCACGUCGCCAGCGGCCUUCUACAGUCUCAUGCACUCCAUGACGUCCAAGCUCUUCGCCUCUGAUCGCCUCAUCAAGGUGAGACCUGUG